AUGUACGCCGAGAAGGAGUACUCCGUUCAAAAGGCAAUGAAGAACAAGGCACGUGACAUGCGCAAGCUCUUUAUCCACGUGAAUGGGACGUACAUCUUCUUGCAGUGCUGCUGGACAGUUAUGGGAUUGCAAGGGCCGCGACGUCUCCUCAGACUGACACAGCUAGUAGUGGCGCUCCUAGGCGUCCUUCUCAUCAUGCCGAAGCAAGACCUGUAUAGCAUCCGGAUUUGGGCAUCGACGUUCGACGAUGAUGGCGGAAUAACCUUACCCAGGCUUGCAGCAUCUUUGGCCAAGCUUUUCUGGUUCAUGGGCCAUGGUAUUGGGAGGAGAAGCAGCGACAACGGAUACACGUCAGCGGAAGAUACACAGCUUGAUUACACGUUGCUUCGCCUCGAGUGCAUUGCGGCGUUGAUGAUUGUCGACGCUUGGGAUGCACUUGCUGAGCGCCGUUAUCAUGAAGACGACGGGGCCUCUAUCACCAGAAGCCCGGCGUCAGCUCGGGCCCUGGGGUUGCUUGUACUGGAUGCAAAUGCUGCGAAGCUGCUGUUAUCAUCUUCCAUCGGCGUGGUGGGUGGUUGGAGGGCCGCAGUCUCGGCCUGGCAGCUAUCGCAAGUUGCCACCGUACUAUUCGGCGCGGCAAAGUUGUAUGUGGAUGGGCUCAAGGCGCAGCUGAAGCUUCAGACUGCAGCUGGGGCCGGCCAGGGAAUAGCCGCAACAGAGAUUACAUUUAGACCUACAUUGGAGCUGCCAGAUGGAUCGGGUUGCGAUGAUUCCCACGUGCCGAGACCCGGCAUUGUAAUGGAGUGCACGAGUGCGCGCGCCGCGUCACCGCGUGUGGCCACCGAUUCCGUGGGAUGGUCGGCAGGCGGUUUUCAGGAGCGCGGCUUGAGUUUCAGGGUGCAGGCAGAUGGACCGGAGGACUUCUUCGAACGCCUGAUGGAGACGGGACCCGGUGCAACCGCCAUCCUGGCGCUGCUCGUGGUAACUGUAAUGACAGCCAUGGUGGUAGGCACUUGCCUGGGCUGGUUCGUAGCUUGCGGGGAGCUGCGGCAGCGGUUGCGGCGUCAGAAGGCAGAGUGCAGAAGGUUUGAAUGUCUAGCAUGGAUGUGUGGGCCACCGCUCGCGGCGGCAGGCUUUUCAGCCCUCAGCUGGGGCUUGGGAGAGGAGCACAAUGCUGGGGCCUACGUAGCGGUGGAGAUUUUGCGCUGCGCGUCGCUGUGGCCGCUGGUGUGGCUUCUGGAGCCGUGGCUGAUUGGCGGUGUGGAUGCCAUGGGUGGCUGUGUACAACACGGUCGCAAACUCAUGCAAAUGUUCUUGGGGCCGCGGAGAGUUGACACCGGCACGCUAAGGACGGUUCGCGGGGGCGAGGGUGCAGUGACUGCAGACGCAACCUCGCUGCCUAGCCCCCUCGAACCCGGUGUGCGAGUCAAUGUCUCCGGCGGCGAACUAAUCGCCGUUCUUAAGUUUGAUGGCUACAUAACCCCUGCCAGUGCGGACGCUGCUAGGAAGCGCCUCAUGGCGUACCUGCAACGGGACGGUGUUCGGCUAUCCGAAGCUGACGCGGCAGGCCGGUUCCGUUGUGCUCAAUACGGCGCGGUUUACCAGCUGGGGGACCGCCUCAACGAGAUGAUGCUACAGGUCAAUGCUUAA